AUGUCGGACAACAUCGCCAACGCCUCCCUCCCGCUGCCUCUCGUCCUGCUUCUGGACGUGGCGUCGCAGCUCGCGUCGGCCGUUGCCUUGGUCCUUGGCUACAUCCUCGCCAUCAACGCGCCGAUCAUUGCGACGACUUGUGUGGCCGUCGCGACGCUCGAGCGACUCUUGCAGACCCAAGCGCCGCUGCUGCAACUGCUCUGA